AGGGGGGUGCGAAGCCCUGUAGAGUGUAGACCGUCAGAGCUCCGUGGGCACUGGAUGGCUGUGCGACCACCGCCAUGAACUCCCGUACCUUUAUAUAUCCGUUUGGUUUGCACUUGGUAUUGUUGGCGUUGUCCACCGUAGUCUCCAUCGACGUACCACCUGUUGGCAAUGCCAUAGCAGAUGAAAACGAAUGUGAGAGGCAGUAUAUGCUGGUAUGUGAUCAUUUCUGUGAAAACACUAAUGGCAGCUUCAGGUGCUCCUGCGAGAGUACCUACACACUCCAGGAAGACGGUGUCACCUGCAAGCACAAGCAGCCUGGCAACGCCUUCCUUCUGGUAGCGCAAAGGGGAAGUAUUCGACAGCUGUUCCUGGAUGGGUCCCGCUACACGCAGAUAUAUUCUGGAAGGAACGAAUCUAUUGUGGGUUUGGCCUAUGAUCCGGAGACAAGGAGUGUGUUCUGGGGCACUAACGGAAGAAUCCUGGAAGCGCCGAUGAUAGCGAACACCGUGCCCACAACGCUUUUGGAUCAGGGUAUAAUAAUGGCAGAAGGUCUGGCCGUGGAUUGGAUAGCUAGGAAUUUGUACAUUGCCGAUCUCCGCAUGUUCCACAUUCUGGCGUGUAACCUGGAAGGCACUGCAUGUCACCCGGUGCUGAAACACCUCGGCCAUCCCAGAACAGUUCAACUUGAUAUGUUGCAUAGACACAUGUACUGGACGGACGUGAAGCACGGCAACAUAGGCAAGGCCGGGAUGGACGGCUCGAACCCCACGGUGCUGGUGCAGGAUGGCCUGGUGUGGCCCAACGCCCUGGCCCUCGACCCGCCCGCUGACCGCCUGUACUGGCUCGACGCCCACUCCGACGAGGCGCACAGUGUCAGGCUGGAUGGCUCGAACCGCAAGAGCCUGCACCUGGCUACACUCAAGCAUCCUUUCUCCAUGGCUCUGUGGGAAGAUCGCCUGUAUUGGACUGACUGGUCUCAGUCCCACGUAGUCUCUUGCAUCAAGAGAGACGGCAAACACGUUAGGACAGAGCUGAAAGGAAUCUCCAAACGGAAAUACUUUGGACUCGUUCUGUAUCACCCUGCCAUGAUGGAGAGAGUUGACAACCCAUGCAGCAGUGCUCAGUGCAGUCACCUGUGCCUUCUCUCCCCUAACCCCGCUGGCUACACUUGUGCCUGUCCUAAUGGAAUCUUGCACCUUGCUCAAGACGAUCACACAUGUAUAGAUCGGAUUUAUAUGCUUGUUAACAGCUUUCAAAAAAUGUACUGGCUGUCUCCUCAUCAUUAUGGCCGCUCGGACAUACAAGCCUGGAUGCCCAACCUUCCGCUUGGAGAUAUCGGGGAUGUGGAAUACUUCCCAGGACAAGACUUGGUGUUUGUGAGUGAUCAAUAUGAUGAAAAGAUUUACUCUAUUAACAUGAAGACAAGUUAUGCUACCAUUCUUGUGGAUAAUGCUGUGGCUUGCAGAAUGGCUCUUGAUUGGGUGAGACAUAACCUUUACUGGCUGGAUUCAGCCUUCAAUGUGCAGGUGAUGAGGCUGACCAUGGGCAAGGGAAGUCACCGCACCAACAUUAUUCGUGGCCUGUCAUCUCCGCUUGACAUCGCUGUAGCUCCACUCGCAGGGUUGUUGUUUGUGAGUACUGCAAGCACUAACCCACAAAGCCAGGGACUCAUUCAGCAGUGUGGGCUGGAUGGCAAAUCCUGUAUCACCAUAGUUGACUCUCGGAUACAAAGGCCCCUCACACUUGCUGUAGACCACAAGCACAACCACCUAUACUGGGGUGACCAUUCUCUUGGGCGUAUUGAGAGGAUAAACUUCAAUGGCUUGCAAAGAAUCCAAAUACUGCCACCAACUGAGAUGGCAAUCUCCACUGCUGUGGUGGCCCUUAUGAUAACUGGUGACUACUUGAGCUGGACAGUGGCAUAUGAGCGGACUUUAUAUACUGUUCGCACUGAGUCCAUGCGAAGUGAAGCUCCUAAGAUGAUAAACCUUUUCCUGGAUCCAAAUGAAGGAAAGAUGCUGAAGUUAACAAGAGUAAAGUGGGAACUUCCUGACGAAAUGACGGGGAAGGAGAGACCGUGCCAAAACAAUGGAGGCUGCUCUGACAUAUGCGUAAGCAAUCGCCUUAAUAAGGAGGUCUGUCUGUGUCAGUUUUCAUCACAACUGGGAAGUGACGGAAAGACGUGUGAGAAAGUUCAGUGUGAAGAACACCUGUUUACGUGUGUCUCCUCCUUACGGUGCAUCCCCUUGAAGUGGAGAUGUGAUGGGAGUCCAGAUUGCAGUGAUAAGAGCGAUGAGGCAGGAUGUCAAAGCAAUGAUGAAGGAACAGAUAAAAUAGCUUCUGCUACUAUGCCCCCUGUACAAUGUCCAGAUGACCACUUGUGUGACACAGACAGGUGUUUGCCCAAACCAUUUGUUUGUGAUGAUCAUGUUGACUGUGAAGAUGAAUCUGAUGAGGCAAACUGCACACAUGUUGCUUGUCCAGUUGGCCAAGUGAGAUGCCUGAAGGGUCGAUGCAUCAGGAAGAUGUGGUUAUGUGAUGGUGACAAAGACUGCCCUGAUGGAUCUGAUGAAGAGAACUGUCCUAUUAAAUGUUUUACAGACCAAUAUCCAUGUGAUAACAAAUGUAUUGCCAAUAAUGCAACCUGUGAUGGAAAGAAAGAUUGUGAUGAUGGAAAGGAUGAGGAGGAGUCAUUGUGUGGGGGACAGAGGAACCGGGUCUGCCCAGCGGGUAAGAUUCCCUGUCUCUCCACACACACGUCGGGUUUGGUAUGCAUUGGCCACGAGCAGCGGUGCAACGGUGUGCAGGACUGCCCACGUGGGGAGGAUGAAAGUCACAAUGUCUGCUCAGAUUGCACAAGGGAAGAGUUCCAGUGUCCUGCAAGUCAAAUCUGCAUAUCGCUCAGGUAUCUUUGUGAUGGGCAUCUAGAUUGUGAACCAGAUGGUGCAGAUGAGGUGAACUGCACCAAUCCCACCACUGCUACCACCACUGACCUCCAGACUCUAGGUUCACAUUAUUACGUCAGAGCUACGUGGGCACUGGAUUGCUGUGCGAUCACCGCCAUGAACUCCCGUACCUUUAUAUAUCCGUUUGGUUUGCACUUGGUAUUGUUGGCGUUGUCCACCGUAGUCUCCAUCGACGUACCACCUGUUGGCAAUGCCAUAGCAGAUGCUGAGCAUUACCCGGAGCCCCAUCCUGCCAAUGGGAGCACCAAGACACCAGCAUCCCGUGACCAUCGGGCGGUGCGGGAGGGAGAAGGCAGAGAUCCACACCAGGACGUGGCCAUUCCAAAGCCUCCAUCUCAUGUUCUCACUCAGGGUUCCUGUAACUCUAUGUUUAUGGUCCAGUGUCUCGAUGGAAUGUGCAUUUCUAAGAACUUCGUUUGUGACAACAGUCGUGAUUGCCCAGACGGUUCUGACGAGGACUGCCAGGUGCAGACAACCAAAUCUGGAAAGUGUAAGAACGACACCUUUCCCUGUGACAACGGGAAGUGUAUUCCUAUAUCUUGGCAUUGCGACACCACUGAUGACUGCGGUGAUAAAUCUGACGAACGCGGUUGUGAGGUAAAAUGCCCCGUCAGUCAGUUCAAGUGUCGCAGUGGGAAGUGUGUCGCCCCUUCUAGUUUGUGUGAUGGCGUAAAGGACUGCGAUGGUGAGGAAGACGAAGAAAACUGCGGAAAGUCACACUGCCACAAGAUCCCUGGCUUUUACCAGUGUGAGUCUGGGGACUGUGUACCUGCAAAAAAGGUGUGCGACGACACGAAGGACUGCGAGGACGGCAGCGACGAGGGAAAAGCGUGCGCUUCGAAGUGCAAGGCUAACAACUGCACGGACCUGUGUUACCCGACGCCGAAGGGGCCCCAUUGUUCCUGCAAGAAAGGCUUAACAUUGCAGAGUGAUUUAGUGACUUGUACAGAUGAAAACGAAUGUGAGAGGCAGUAUACGCUGGUAUGUGAUCAUUUCUGUGAAAACACUAAUGGCAGCUUCAGGUGCUCCUGCGAGAGUACCUACACACUCCAGGAAGACGGUGUCACCUGCAAGCACAAGCAGCCUGGCAACGCCUUCCUUCUGGUAGCGCAAAGGGGAAGUAUUCGACAGCUGUUCCUGGAUGGGUCCCGCUACACGCAGAUAUAUUCUGGAAGGAACGAAUCUAUUGUGGGUUUGGCCUAUGAUCCGGUGACAAGGAGUGUGUUCUGGGGCACUAACGGAAGAAUCCUGAAAGCGCCGAUGAUAGCGAACACCGUGCCCACAACGCUUUUGGAUCAGGGUAUAAUAAUGGCAGAAGGUCUGGCCGUGGAUUGGAUAGCUAGGAAUUUGUACAUUGCCGAUCUCCGCAUGUUCCACAUUCUGGCGUGUAACCUGGAAGGCACUGCAUGUCACCCGGUGCUGAAACACCUCGGCCAUCCCAGAACAGUUCAACUUGAUAUGUUGCAUAGACACAUGUACUGGACGGACGUGAAGCACGGCAACAUAGGCAAGGCCGGGAUGGACGGCUCGAACCCCACGGUGCUGGUGCAGGAUGGCCUGGUGUGGCCCAACGCCCUGGCCCUCGACCCGCCCGCUGACCGCCUGUACUGGCUCGACGCCCACUCCGACGAGGCGCACAGUGUCAGGCUGGAUGGCUCGAACCGCAAGAGCCUGCACCUGGCUACACUCAAGCAUCCUUUCUCCAUGGCGCUGUGGGAAGAUCGCCUGUAUUGGACUGACUGGUCUCAGUCCCACGUAGUCUCUUGCAUCAAGAGAGACGGCAAACACGUUAGGACAGAGCUGAAAGGAAUCUCCAAACGGAAAUACUUUGGACUCGUUCUGUAUCACCCUGCCAUGAUGGAGAGAGUUGACAACCCAUGCAGCAGUGCUCAGUGCAGUCACCUGUGCCUUCUCUCCCCUAACCCUGCUGGCUACACUUGUGCCUGUCCUAAUGGAAUCUUGCACCUUGCUCAAGACAAUCACACGUGUAUAGAUAACCCAGAUCGGAUUUAUGUGCUUGUUAACAGCUUUAAAAAAAUGUACUGGCUGUCUCCUCAUCAUUAUGGUCGCUCAGACAUACAAGCCUGGAUGCCCAACCUUCUGCUUGGAGAUAUCGGGGAUGUGGAAUACUUCCCAGGACAAGACUUGGUGUUUGUGAGUGAUCAAUAUGAUGAAAAGAUUUACUCUAUCAACAUGAAGACAAGUUAUGCUACCAUUCUUGUGGAUAAUACUGUGGCUCGUAGAAUGGCUUUUGAUUGGGUGAGACAUAACCUUUACUGGCUGGAUUCAGCCUCCAAUGUGCAGGUGAUGAGGCUGACCAUGGGCAAGGGAAGUCACCGCACCAUCAUUAUUCGUGGCCUGUCAUCUCCGCUUGACAUCGCUGUAGCUCCACUCGCAGGGUUGUUGUUUGUGAGUACUGCAAGCACUAACCCACAAAGCCAGGGACUCAUUCAGCAGUGUGGGCUGGAUGGCAAAUCCUGUAUCACCAUAGUUGACUCUCAGAUACAAAGGCCCCUCACACUUGCUGUAGACCACAAGCACAACCACCUAUACUGGGGUGACCAUUCUCUUGGGCGUAUAGAGAGGAUAAACUUCAAUGGCUUGAAAAGAAUCCAAAUACUGCCACCAACUGAGCUGGCAGUCUCCACUGCUGUGGUGUCCCUUAUGAUAACUGGUGACUACUUGAGCUGGACAGUGGCAUAUGAGCGGACUUUAUAUACUGUUCGCACUGAUUCCAUGCGAAGUGAAGCUCCUAAGAUGAUAAACCUUUUCCUGGAUCCAAAUGAAGGAAAGAUGCUGAAGUUAACAAGAGUAAAGUGGGAACUUCCUGACGAAAUGACGGGGAAGGAGAGACCGUGCCAAAACAAUGGAGGCUGCUCUGACAUAUGCGUAAGCAAUCGCCUUAAUAAGGAGGUCUGUCUGUGUCAGUUUUCAUCACAACUGGGAAGUGACGGAAAGACGUGUGAGAAAGUUCAGUGUGAAGAACACCUGUUUGCGUGUGUCUCCUCCUUACGGUGCAUCCCCUUAAAGUGGAGAUGUGAUGGGAGUCCAGAUUGCAGUGAUAAGAGCGAUGAGGCAGGAUGUCAAAGCAAUGAUGAAGGAACAGAUAAAAUAGCUUCUGCUACUAUGCCCUCUGUACAAUGUCCAGAUGACCACUUGUGUGACACAGACAAGUGUUUGCCCAAACCAUUUGUUUGUGAUGAUCAUGUUGACUGUGAAGAUGAAUCUGAUGAGGCAAACUGCACACAUGUUGCUUGUCCAGUUGGCCAAGUGAGAUGCCUGAAGGGUCGAUGCAUCGGGAAGAUGUGGUUAUGUGAUGGUGACAAAGACUGCCCUGAUGGAUCCGAUGAAGAGAACUGUCCUAUUAAAUGUUCUACAGACCAAUAUCCAUGUGAUAACAAAUGUAUUGCCAAUAAUGCAACCUGUGAUGGAAAGAAAGAUUGUGAUGAUGGAAAGGAUGAGGAGGAGUCAUUGUGUGGGGGACAGAGGAACCGGGUCUGCCCAGCGGGUAAGAUUCCCUGCCUCUCCACACACACGUCGGGUUUGGUAUGCAUUGGCCACGAGCAGCGGUGCAACGGUGUGCAGGACUGCCCACGUGGGGAGGAUGAAAGUCACAAUGUCUGCUCAGAUUGCACAAGGGAAGAGUUCCAGUGUCCUGCAAGUCAAAUCUGCAUAUCGCUCAGGUAUCUUUGUGAUGGGCAUCUAGAUUGUGAACCAGAUGGUGCAGAUGAGGUGAACUGCACCAAUCCCACCACUGCUACCACCACUGACCUCCAGAGUCUAGGGGAUCAAGGUCCAUGCGGAGAUGACUUUCGUUGUGAGGAUGGGCAGUGUCUUCCAAAUAGCAAAGUGUGUGAUGGACGAAGAGACUGCAUUGAUGGGUCUGAUGAACAAAAGUCUUGCCAGCUGCGUUGUGAUGUCAUGAAGUGUCAGCAUAACUGCCAUUCCACCCCCACCAAGGCUUACUGCUCCUGCCAUGCUGGUUAUCACCUUGCACCAGAUUUCCGUUCUUGUCUGGAUGACCAGGAAUGUAUGGAUGAGGGUUGGUGCUCCCAGGGUUGUGAAGAGCGAGUGGGAACCUUCCAAUGUACCUGCCUCCCUGGGUACAGACUCGUUGAUUCAACCACUUGUAAGCGUGAAGCUGGUGAGGAUUGGCUGGCACUGGUAAUACAUGCAGGAAUCUUGAACUUCACCCACAACCUUCAGCUGCAGGAUGCCUUCCCUUCUACCUCUGUAAUGUUUGAUUAUAUUACUUCUUUUGCUGUUGACCCGAUGACUGAGGAUAUCUUUUUCUCUGAUGAGCACCGAAGAAUUAUUGGCAAGCUGACAAGAGCUGAUGGAGUAAUUAAGGAAGAAAUUAUCCUGAGGGAGAGGAGCCUUCUGAGAUCAUUGUGCUAUGACCCACGGCAGAGAAACCUCUAUGUGGCAGAGUUGUUUGGUGGUCCCAGAGAACGUUCUGAGAGAAGUGUAGGAGGCAGCAGGAACCAGGGAGACCAAGACACUGCCAUCCCUACAGAAAUACUCUGGUCAAGCAUUAUGGCAUGUAACCUGGAUGGCAAGGGAUGCAGCGUCGUGUUUGGGUCCAAUGUUUCUGACGUGACGUCUGUGGCAGUGGCGGUGACGGAGGAGCUGUUGUUCUUCUGUAACAAUUACGUAAAGUUAAAGACGGGACAGCUCAUGACUUCUUACCUUGAUGGAACAAUCAAGAAGGAAAUCUGGGGAAAGAUUGUGCGGUGCAGCAAUUUGGCAUUGGAUGAGGCCAAGCGGCGUGUGUAUUGGGCUGACUUGACCCAAGAAACUAUAGAAACUGUUACCUGGGAGGGUGAUGGGCAUCACUUUGUCCACAGAAAGCAGCAGGUUUGGUUCCCUGUGGGCCUGGCAGUUUCAGGGCCAAAUGUGUUUUGGGUAAACAGUGGAAGCAACCAGAUGAUCCAUUGCCCCAAACUGCAUGACAGGGGGGACUGCUAUAAAAGUGACCAUCCUACAACACUCCUUGGCCUCUUUGUUGCUCCACUGCCAGUUGUAAAUGAGCAAAAAGAAUGUGACAAUGCGUCCUGCUCUCACUUGUGUGUUUCGGGUGGGAGUGGUUGUGUCUGCCUGGCAGGAUAUCAGAAGUCCAUCACUGACCUGACAAAGUGUGAGAAGCUGACUGCUUGUGACACUCAUCAGUGUGAAGGAGGCGGCACCUGUGAGGCUCACACAGCUGAACACUUUGUUUGUAGGUGUCCAGAUGGAAGAUAUGGGUAUAAGUGCGAGUUAGGGGAAGUCAUUGGUGAAAACUCUAAUGCAGCCGUGACAGCAACUGUGGUGGUCGUGAUAAUCAUAGUUGUGCUGAUGCUGGCAUUGUUGUACUGGUGGAAACGCUGCCCCUUCACAAUCUGGAAGAGGAGAGGCCAUGGGUCUGGUCAGCAGGGUUUCCAUUACGUAAACCCAGCUUUUGGAGUGAUUCGAGACGAACCGAUCCUCGAAGGAGAGGCACAACCUGAAAGGGGUAAUGGUCUGUAUCCGAGACUGCCCCAUGAACACCCACCACCCUACGCACCCCCACCCCGCAGCAGCUCCUUGAUACAAAAUUUUGCCAACAGUCCUGCCACAAUGCACAAAGACAGUCAGAUAAAUACCAGUGACGAUUCUGCUGUGGCCAGCACCACAGACUCUAUCUUGGCUUCCCAGCAAUCUGAAGUCAGUCUUGCAACACCCAUCUGUCAACACCUGACUGUGAUGGAGGAUAACAAAGACUUUUCAAAGUUUGAUUAUUCUCCAUUCAACCCUUCUAAGGUGUAAUUUGCUUCCUAUAUCAUUGUUCUGCUAAAUCAUUCUUUCGGCCAUAACCAUACAAAGUUCAUCCACCUGCAGUCACUCAUCCCACGUGUGAAUACUCUCAAAUACACAGCAACUUGUC